UUGACUGCUUUCUCCUUGUUAGCUUUCAACUUUAACCUGUGAAGAGGAAGACUCCGGACCGCAAUGUGAUGAUGAUAAACAGUGGAUGUACAAUACUACAAAGAUAUUUGCAGCAGCUGAUCCCUAUGGCAGCCAGGGGAUUGUUGCACAUGAAAAACUCACUUCUUCACAAUAUGAAUUGUUUCUGGCUGAUCAGAUUUUCUGCAGAGAUUGCGCUCAGACCUGUGUCUUCUAGGCACUUCUGUCUGAAGAUAGAGAGUGCUGAUGCAAAGUCAUGCCAGGAGAAUGGCAUUCUAGUAAACAAUCUGGCAUGCAUGGGAGUGGAUGUCAAAAUGGCGAGAAAGCGACAACCUGGAGUUCUGAAGAAGCUGAUCACAAAUGAAGAGGGUCUCAAAAAGUUUCUACAAAGCAAAGGGGCUACUAAUGAAAUCAUUGCUAGCAUCAUCUCACGUUAUCCACGGGCCAUCACGCGUUCCCAUGAGUCUCUUGAAAAACGUUGGGAACUUUGGAGAAGUAUUUUGAUGACUGACUUGGAAAUUGUAAAUAUUCUGGGACGUUCCCCUGAGUCCUUCUUUCGUUCCAGUAAUAACAUCAAUAUGGAGAAAAAUAUUACAUUUUUCUUUUCUCUUGGGCUAACCUGUAAACACCUUAGCAAUAUGUUGACCAGAGCACCACGGGCGUUUUCUAACAGAGUGGAGCUGAAUAAGCAGAUGACUGACCUCCUGCAUGUAAUCUGUUUAUCUUUAGGUGGUGAAAACCCAAAUGGUUUUGUGAAGCACAUAAUUUCUAAAAAUGUCUUCAUCCUCCUGCGGAGCAGCAAGCAAGUGAGCGCAAACAUUGAGUUCCUGCAGUCAUCUUUCCAUCUGAGGAAUGAGGAAUUACUAGCUCUGCUACAUGGCACUGGAGCUGACAUUUUGGACUUAUCUAAUGAAUAUAUAAAAAAAAACUUUACAAAUGCUAAAGAGAAGCUGUUAUCUCUUGGGUGCACUGAUAAAGAGGUGGAUAGAUUUUUCAUUAGCUAUCCACGAGUGCUCUUUCUUUCAUCCAAGAACCUCAGUGAUAAAAUAGAUUGCCUCUUGCAAGCAAAGAUUCACAUUAAACAAAUAGCUGAAACUUCUCGCGUUCUGGAUGUAAGUAUCAGUACUGUAAGAAGCAGAGUAAAGGAACUGGAAAAAACUAGUUAUGACUUCAAAACCUAUGGAAUUGGCAUCCUUGCUUUAAGUAAAAAGAGAUUUGAAGCUAAAUUGGAAAAAUUACAUAGUGUAUGGUGAUUAACCAAGAGGACAGCAUCCAUUCUGUGAGAAUACAGGGUCAGAUUUUGAAAUUAAAAAACUUGAAAAAGGGUCCUGUUUUGUUAUUUUGAAACUUAUUUCAAAAUCAUUUGUGGCUACUUAGCACUGCGUAUUUAGGAUAAGUAAAUUCUCAGCUAUCACUAGCGGGGUGGUAUGGGGUGACCAAGAGACCCGUUUAGUGUCUUGCUGUGAAGGUAGUGGAUCACAGAUAUUGAAAAGAGUGGGACUGUUUAGAGAGGACUCCAGUUGGAGGAGAUAUUAGAGAUAUGCAGAAUAAUGAAUGGUGCAGAGAAGAUAAGUCAGGUAUACUAUUUGUCCUUUCUUCCAUACAAAAGCAAGGGAUCUUUCAUACCCUUGAUUCUGGAACUGGCUUAGCACAGACAAACCACUGCAUCCAUUUGGAGACCCAUUGAAGCCCUUGCAGGAGCCAGUUGUUGGACUGAGGUAUUCUAUUAUUUCUUUACAUUGUUUCAUCUUAUCACAGAUAAGUAAGAUCUAGGAGCCUGUGUCCUUGAGAAAGGCAUUGAAAGGUCUGUUGAUAAGGGUUGAUCUAGAUGUAGUCUUUAUGAUAGAAGCAUGUCCCCAUAAGCCUAUAAAAUCUAAUACAAUCUAAUAAAAUAAAUCUAUGAAGAGUUGGCUUAAAUCUAACAGGCACACUUAGAAGUGCAGCUUCCUUUACAGCAGUUGAUAAAGGGAUGUGACAUCAAAGUAUUGUCCACAGCCUAAUGAGUUGAUGACAGAUGAUUCAUUAAAUGCUACAGAAGUCUCUCAGAUGAGGACAAAUGUACUUGGCAUUUGCAAAUCAUAGAUACUUUAAGGAGGUAGCUCCUAAAUGCAGAAAACUAACAUGACAUUAUUCCUUGAAGCAUAAUACAAACUGCUUUUGAUUUUAAGAACAGGUAAUUCUGUUUAUUUCAAGUGUAUAAUGACACAUUUUCCCCACCUAAUUACAUGAUCUAAGGAUUUCUGGGUAUUUACAUAUGUAUGUUUUUAUGUUUCUUACCCUUUGAUCACACACCUAGUCCUCUUGCUUUAAUUAAGUAUAAGUAAGUUUCUAUUUUUUUCACUCCCUCCUUUGCAGGAGGAGGGUGAAGUCAAAGAACCUGGAUCCUAAGUCUGAAGUCUAAGCAAAACUUUGGUAGGUACCUGCUUGUAUUUGCAGGUUUUGGGACUUAAAUUUGAUCUUGAAUUCUCAGGAUCCUGGGAAAUGUACAUUUUAUCUGAGUAUACAUUUAAAUGUUUACAAGAGAAGCAUUACUUACUGAGUAGAUUUGCAGCAGAGAUUGCGCUCAAAGUCAAUGCCCCAGACUUGCAUCUUCUAGGCAUUUCUGUCUGAAGAUAGCAUGCUGAUGCAGAGUAAUGUCAGGAGAAUGGCAUGCAUGGGAGUGGAUGUCAGAAUGGCAAGAAGGUGACAACCCAGAGUUCUGAACAGCCAGGACAGGUUAGGCAUUUUAGAACUCAGUACUCAAAGAUUUAAAUUUAAGUGUAAGAGAGAAAUAAAAAUUAUGAAAUGCAUAGACCAGUUAAAAAACUAAAAUAACACACUUUUAAAGAAUAAAAUUACAGAGAAUAUAUAUACAUUGCAGGAAGUACCAAGAAGUAACAAUAACAAUAAUACAAGUAUGUGAUGGGAGGUGAGUGGGAAAUACUGCGGUGUGUGAGACAGAGACAGUGUGUGUGCUGGCUGCUGGGGAGGUUUCUGAGAGAUGCUGUGCACUGUCUCUUUAAUGCAUUCACUGAAAGCUGUCCCAAUCUGUGGAGAUGGGGUACCUGGGGAUACGGAGAGACUGUGUGUAUGUGUGUGUGAGAGCUGGCUGCUGGGGGAGUCUCUGAGAGACCAUGCACUGUCUCUUUAAGUUACUCACUCACUCACUCACCCAGAAGGCUCAUUCAGACCACAGCAGCUCUCUCCUGCUCAAGUCCUGAGCCCUCUCCCCUGCUCUGUGGAGAUGGGGUACAGGGACUGGGGAAGGGGACACCCUGACAGCAACCCCUCUACCUCCGCUCUGCACAGUCAGCAGGAGGGUCCCGGGAGCAGCUGCGGGGGGUGGGGAGGACGACACGCUGAACACACGCUGCCAGCUGUGCGUGGCUCUGCUAAUCAAGUGCGCGGCAUUUGAAUCACUUGUAGGGAACACAGCCAGUGACUAUCUCCCAUACAAUAGUUUGAACAGGAGAAGUCUGUGGAUGCUUGGGGCACCUCAUGGAUGGUGAAAAGGAGAGGUAGGAGCAGGUGGUCCCAGUGUUGGGUGAUCAGUGACUACAGACUUAGUCAGCAUGUUCUUUAAUGUCUUUUUGAACCAUUCCACCAAUCUGUUGGUUUGAGGGUGGUAUACAGACAUUUUCAAAGACUUGACCCGUAGCAGGCUAAAAUGCUCUUUUGUUAAUUGUGAGGUGAAGUUGGUUUCCUGAUCCCUUAGCAUCUCCUUGGGGAUCCCCACACAGGAAAAAAUCUUCAGGAGCUCACUGGUGAUGACUGCUGUAGUUGGUCAGAGAAGGAUGCUUCGAGGUAUCAGGUGGCAUAAUCUGGGAUCACCAGGAUGUAUUUGUUCCUGGCUGCAGACUUUUCUAACGGGCCCACCAGGUCCACAGCUAUCCUUUUCAAAGGGCACCCCUAUGAUGAGUAGUGGUACCAGAGGGGCCUUUAGAAUCUUUUUCUGACCUGUCCACUGGCAUUUGGGGAUGAGUGCAACUUUAAGUGGAGGCUCGACCAGUAGAACCAUAUAGUCACUCUGUUGCGUGUCUUUUCUCUCACCAAGUGGCCUCUGCAUGGUAUUGGAUGGGCCAGUUGGAAUACCCCCCUUUGGAACUUCCUGGGAACUACCAGCUGGAUUCCCACUUCUCCCUGUCUUGGAUCUUUAUGGCCUGAUAUGUCUUUCCUCAAGCAGUUCAAAAUGGGGCCACCAUUUCAAGAGCUGAGGGUCUAGUACUAUGCUGUCCACAUGGGCAAUCUGUUCAUAAACCUGACCCAAGGUUGGGUCAUUGUAUUUCUAUGAAGUCCGGUCUCACCUGCCAGUACGUCCACACUGAAGGGCGAUUGUGGACCUUACUGCCUUGGUUCGGCACUGAUGAGUGGUCAUUGUACCUUCCCUCACUGGGACUGGGUAUCCCAGUUCCCCGGGACCCGUUUAGCUGGAUUUGGGGGUUGGUAGUUUGUGGUCCCUGGGGCUUCCUGGUCUGGUCUUUGGUGUUUCUGCUUUGGACCCAAGGCACAUCAGCUAGUUCUUUGCCAGCCCAACGGCUUCUGCAAGCAUUUUGAGACAGUGCCUCACCAUGCAUUCACACCCACCUCAUCCAUGGGGAGGAUCUGCGUGAAGUGCCCCAUGACAACCUUCUCCAUCACCUGAACCCCAGUGCAGCCCUCUCUCUAGAGCCACUUCCAACAGUGUUCUUUCAAAUUCUAGGUGACAGCCUUGGGCUGAUCCCCAAGCGGGAAUUCAAAGAAGCAGAACUCCUGCUGGUGGGUUAUGGGAGAUACAUUCAGGAUAUCCAGGACAGGUGCCUUGAUAUGGGUGUAAUCCUAAACAGCCACCGCAACGAGGCCCUGGUAUGUGGCCUGGGCCGGGGCCCUCAAGUAGAGGGCUAGUGGUGACUUUCUUGACCAUGAUGAGGAAUGCCUCUGGGUUGUUCAAGGGCCCCAUCUUUGUCAGUUUCACCGGCUUGAAUGGCAUUGGGACGGGACUUCCCUUUCCAUUGGUGAGACUUGCUGCUGACCUAGAUGGCUGUAGGAGCACUGUCAUCUGCUGGAUGAGCCACUGCUGCUGUUCCUGCUGCUGCACCAUCAUUUCUUUAAUCAGCUGCUGCUGUUGGAUGCUGGAUGACAAGCUGCUGGAGCAGUUGGUUCUGCUGCUGCUGCUGUUUGGCUGCUUGCUAUUGUUGGUUUUCUAAGACCCGUGUCAGCAACUUCUCAAAAUCCAUUUUUGCCUCUCCCCGCUCCUCCCUGUGUCUCUCUCUCUCGCUGGCCUACUUUCAGGACUUCAGACUCUGCUGCCCGAAUUCUCCACCAUGUAGGAUAGAGGUCUUGGAGGGCCGGGCAACCUAGCGGUUAGCAUGCCUAACUUUCAGCCUCUUGCUCCUCUGUCUGGAUGGAAGAGGUGCCUGUUCCUGAUCUUAAGCAGGGAAUCUUUGACUUUCCAUGUGCUUCUGGGCCUCAACUCCCAGACCUGGGCCCUUUCUCACUACUGGGUCCUGGCCCAGAGCCCUGGUGAAAAGCAGAACUGGCAUGGUCCUCUCUGCAGCAAGUCCAAGUUUGCUUUGCUAGGCUACUUUCUAGCAGUAGGUCCCUUUAAUUUGGGGCAUGGCCCUUAUAGUCCAAACAGUCAGUAGCUCAGCAAAGAAAGAAUCCAAAGAAGCAGGGCCUUGCUGGACCUACAAGUUCUCUGAGGAAGCGGAGGUGGCUAAAGAAGGCAUUACCUGGGUGUCUUACCCGCUCCAUGGUCCCCUCACAAUCUUUUGUCUGGCUUCCUGGAGAAGGAUUCUUCUGACUUGCAGUCUGUCCACAACCGUUUGCGUGGAUUUCUUAGCUCCCCUUUAACUCACUCCUCCAGCUCUGGAGCAUGCUCUGCAAGCCUGGAGUUGGGGUAGCUGCCUGGGCCCAGUAUUGCCUUUUAAUCUCUUCAGGUCCAGUGUGGAGUUUGUAUACCCCAUCAUAGGAACAGUAAAACUUUUGGGCCUAAUGCUUUUGAGCUCAAUGGGAGGAUUUCAGUAUAAAAAAUAUAGGAUUGGAUUGCUGCUGUGUUUGACAGAGUGCUUUCAUCUUGUUUUGGUUUUGACAUAUUUUUGGCUCAAAACAGUUAUGGUUGGAAGGAAAGCCCUAGUUUAGAUUGGGGAGUGUAACAGGGCAUUGCAGAGCCCCCCUUGGUCCUGCCUCUUCUCCAAAAAUCAUGCAGAGGCCUUCUGGCUCAGCAGUCACUGGUGCAGUUUAUUUACAGGGAGCAAUUCCCACCACCUUCUCACCAUAUACAGCGUGGGGGUUUCAGCCUUAGGGACUGCUCAGUCUCUACGCCCAAGAAAGAAGGCCUACCACUCUCUGGCAUCCCUCCCCUGAGGCUUUUCUGCAGCCCCAGGCUAAUUAGGCUGGCAGCUGUUUCCCCUUUGCCAAUGAGGCACAGGUUUCUCUAAGCAGCUCCAAUCUAACUCCAUUAAUGGGAGCUUGCGUGGCAGAGGGCUGGUUCAGGAGUCCCAGCCCAGCACCCUGUCACAGGAAGUCAGAACUCUUUGGCAUAAUGGAAUUUUUCAUCCUUAGCUCCUUAUUUAAAGGGGCAGGUGAUAAACCAUAUGCAGCAAAAUGCAUCAUCAUUCCUCUGAAAUAAACAGAAUUAUCUGUAUUUAAAAUCAAAGGUAAUCUCUCUUUGCUGUACAGUCUGAUAUUGCCUUGGGAGGGCACCCCAAAAAGUCACCAGAAAUUGUAACUUUAUUUCUGCU